CCAAGGGAGAUAAGGUGGGUGUUUGUAAACCCUUCCCUGAUAGACUGUUUGAGAAGCCUUUCGGACUGGGAAUGACAAUAAUCCACAGCCGUUUGAAUUAAAGUCCUGGUUUGCCAGGAUGAAGUUUGUUCUGCAUCCUUUCUAAGGAAGCCUAGGUCAGAUCACCCCCCCCCCUGCAUCGAUGUAUUUCUUCCCUUCCCUUUGCAGAUGUGAAGUCCAGAUGGAGCACAUGGACCUCGGAGGGUGCAUACAACCCAUCGGAAAGCCUCAACCAUGGGGGAAGCUGAUCCGGUUGGGGGUGGAACAAGCCGAGCCCCAUGUCUUGCUGCAGAAAAACGAGUGGACCAUUGGCAGAAAAAAAGGUUGUGACUUAUCCUUUCCUGGCAAUAAACUGGUGUCUGGCUAUCACUGUAAAAUAACAGUGGAUGAAAAAUCCGGUCAGGUUUUGCUACAGGAUACCAGCACUAACGGAACAGUGAUCAAUAAACAGAAAGUGGUGAAGAGACAGACCUGCCCUUUGCAAACUGGAGACGUGAUCUAUGUUGUUUACAGGAAAUACGAUCCCGAAAACAACGUUGCAUACCUGUACGAAUCUUUGCAUCCCAAAAAGGAUGGAGCUAACGAUCCAGGAGAAGCCAAGCUUGACGGUGCAUGCCACACAACCAAAGAUACCUCAAGCACCAGAGAAAGCAAUGAUGGGACCUCAACAGCAUUCCCGCCGCCAGCUUCUCGGACAAGCUACGAAGAACCGCAGCCAUCCACUUCGACGUCAAACCUCUUCGAAAUCGUUCCUACCUCUCCCUUUGAGUCCACAUCCACUGAGAAGACGGACCCUUCAGUAGUUGGAUCCCAGCCUCGCACCUUAAUUUUUGCACCCGCUUUGCUCAAAUUGGUACCAUCCGGACCAGAGACAUUGCUUCAACUCAGGCAGCCUGUUGUAAAUUCAGAAACUUCUGGUGCUUCUUUGAGGGACGCAGAGAAAACAGCCAUGUUCCAGCUUUCGGAAAGGGAAGGAAAAGAUUCACCCUACCCUGUUAGGAAGAAAAUCAGAAGAGAUGGUGAAGCCAGCUCUGCCCUUCAGGUGGUCACCCCAGAGGGACACGCAAUGAAACCUGACCCUGGAGAUGCCAAAUCAGCAACCAUGAAGCCUGACAAAAUGGGAGAAAGCCUGAGCUGCAUCAUCUGCCAGGAAUUGCUUCAUGACUGUGUCAGUUUGCAGCCCUGUAUGCAUACUUUCUGUGCCGCUUGCUACUCAGGGUGGAUGGAGCGAUCUUCCCUCUGUCCGACGUGCCGCUGUCCCGUGGAACGGAUCUGUAAAAAUCACAUUUUGAACAACUUGGUGGAAGCGUAUCUCAUCCAACACCCAGAUAAAUGUCGUAACGAAGAAGACAUUAGAAGUAUGGAUGCCCGGAACAAAAUCACUCAGGACAUGCUACAGCCGAAGGUUCGAAGAUCUUUUUCAGAUGAAGAAGGAAGUUCAGAAGACCUGCUGGAUCUGUCAGAUGUAGACAGUGAAUCCUCUGAUAUUAGCCAGCCGUAUGUCUUAUGCCGGCAAUGUCCUGGUUAUCGUCGGCAAACUGUCCCACCUCUCACCUUUCCCGAGCAGGAAGGAAAAACAGAACCUGGGCAGGUUCCUGGAGAUUCCCCAUCGACUUCUUCCAACUUCCCAACAGUCCAGGAAUAUGUCUGUCCAGCUCAAGGAAGCCACAUCUUCUGCACUUGCUGUUUCCAGCCCAUGCCAGACCGUAGAGCAGACCGGGAACAGAACCAGGACGUCGCCCCACAGCAGUGUACCAUUUGUCUGCAGUCCUUCUGCCAUCUGUACUGGGGAUGUGUCCGUGUGUCCUGCUUGGGCUGUUUAGCCCCAUUCUGCGAGCUCAAUCUUGGUGACAAGUGUUUAGACGGUGUUCUUAACGGCAAUAACUAUGAAUCAGAUAUUCUAAAGGAUUACUUGCAAUCGAGGGGAUUGACAUGGAAAGACAUGCUGAACGAAAGCCUCCUAGCUCUUCAAAAAGGAACUUUUAUUUUACCAGAUUACCGAAUCACGGGAGAAACGGUGCUCUGUUAUUUUUGCGGCCUACGGACUUUCCGAGAACUCGCUUACCAGUACAGGCAGAUUAUUCCUGCUGCGGAUUUGCCAGCCGCUGUCACAUCCCGUCCCGACUGUUACUGGGGUCGCAACUGUCGCACUCAGGUGAAGGCCCACCAUGCUAUGAAGUUCAAUCACAUCUGCGAACAAACGCGUUUCAAAAACUGAGGAUUCCCGGGGGCGUUUCACUGGUCUCCGUGCUUGUAGAGGAUGGGAAAAUUAAACCCAGAAACGCCAACUCUACAGUUUUUUUGGCCUAGUUGUUCCCACAAAAAAAAAGGGGGGGGGGGAAGAAUCGGCAACUUUUUACACAUCAGAUCCUCUGAUGUGCUAGCGUGCUCUUUUUUUCCCUUUCCUUAACGAUUAUUAUUUUGUCGGGUUUUUCUUUUUUUCUGCCAACCCUGCGUUCUCCUUGGCUUUUUUCCUAAAAAGAAAUUGGUUUUGUUUUGAAGUCCAGAAGGGUGCGGCUGCCCCUGUUUUUUGAGCUGCGGUAGGAAUUUAAGGACUCGACGAACGAGGCUGAGUGGUAGACAUUGGAACCCUUCUCGGUGAACAUUGAUUGUCGGAAUGAAGCAAGGUCUUGCUUGAGAAGGCAACGUUAGAGCGAAGUACCACAAGAGAGAAGCACGUUCUUGGUUCCUUGGUGGUGGGCAGUGCCGUGCGUCUUUUGUCAAUUUCAUGGACCAACUUGCAACAUCUCGCCGGAGUUGAUGGCCUAGACUUCUUGACUCCUCGGUCAAAGAUCACAGCUGGAUUGACCAAGGUCUGUCCCAACACUUAAGCACUGGCCGCUUAAGGCCGUAUUUCUCAGCCUUGGGCGUGUUGACACAAGGACUUCAACUCCCAGACUUCCCCAGCCAGCCAUGUUGGCUGAGGAACUCUGGGAGUUGGAAGUCUACCUGUCUUAAAAACAGCCAAGGUUGACAAACGCCAUCUUAGCGUUUAGUGCUUUCUUGACACACUCCACACGUAUAUCUUAAAUGCUGCUGUCCAGCUGGUGCAGUUGACAUAGCCUCCUUUGAUAGGAGAGAUCCAGUUGUUUUGUCCUCUUUUCUUUUUUUCUUUCUAUUUGGUCUUUUUUUUAUUUUCUUCUUUCCUUAGAUCCUGUCGUUUUCUUUUCCCCAUGCUCAAUUCUAGGAUUCAGACUGGUGCUCUCUUAAACCGAAUUUCACCUCCGCCAUCUUUCUUUGGGCUCCACGAGAAUGUUUCCCCCACCCAUUCACCCACCCAGGAAUUCCUGUUCUUAGCAGUUGAGAGUUAUGUUUCAAAACAACUAUGCAUUUUUUCCGCCUUUUACUGGUCAAAUUCCACUAGAAACUCUUCUUCUUUUUUUUAAAUCCCCUGAUGUUAAAGAAGUCUUCACGAAUUUGGCAUAAUCCAACUGACACUGAAGUUUUUUUUUCAAUACUGUUGCUGAAUGUAGGACAUUAAUAUUUCCAGCUUUUAUCCCGAACUCCCAAGGGCUAUUAUUCCUGAACUUUUUUUGUGUCCCUAAAAAUGGAGCAGCGCCAUUAAUUUCGGAGGAUGGUAGACAGAGAAGUGUGUCUCUGCAUAUACCCAUAUCCAUUUUUUUAAAAUAAUGUCAGAGCGACCUCUCUCCUAACUUAAUUAUUUUUUUAAGCUGUCUUCCUUUUGACUAUCAACAAGACCAACUACAAAUAACAGAUAACUUGCAUAACCAAAAUUGCUUUUGAAAUAAUUUAGUGCUGGCACACAGUUUCGUUGCUUCCACCAUUGGGCACAUUUUAAGACAAGAGCCCAACGUAGCCCUUGGGAAGACGGGAUAAAGAUAGCCGAGUCUUUUCCCCUUCUUCUUACAACUCCCCAAUGUUGCUUAAAUUCAGCCAUAACGGUAUUCAAAAUGGAUUUUUCCCCCCCAACCUGGCGCCCUUCAGACGUAUUGGAAUUCCACCUACCAGAAUCCCUGAGAUAGUUGAACCAAGGUAGGGACAGCUAAUCGAUUUGCAAGUUGCAAUCUCAAAAACUUACAGAAGGCGUCUGAUUGGGGGAGGCUACCUUGAACCCCGUUUUUGUAUAGUCUUCCCAUUUGUUUAAAACAUUUGCCAGGAUCUUGUCUUCCUUUUAUAGCUGUGUUUCUCAACCGUGGCAACUUUAAGAUGGGUGGACUUCAACUCCUAGAAUCUGGGAGUUGAAGCCCACCCAUCUUUAAAGUUGCAGGAGAAAUGCAACUUUGAUAGUAAUAGUGGCCACAUUCCAAUCCGCUAAAAUUAUGGGCUUUUUUUUUUCCCUCUGCUCUCAGACUCAAGGGGAUUUAACAGAAUAAUGUGCUGGGCACAAUUAUUGAACCUUUAGCCACAUUAUAUUUUUAUGCACUGAAAUAGUAAAUCUUUCAGAGCUGGGUCUUGGUAGAGCUAACAUGGGGAGUGGUCCAAAGAGAAAGCUACAGGACCCUCCAGGAUUUAAUGCCCUUUAUGUUAAAGAUGGUUGAUAAGGAUUGGUUCAUUUUCUAUCUGCAGACUUCUUUCGCUCCCCUUUUUUUUAAUAAAAAAAAUAGAGCUUCCAAGAUUAUCCUGUACAGCGGGGAUCUCCAAAAUUCGAAACUUGUGGACUUCGACUUCCCCCAUGCUGGGGAAUUCUGGGAGUUGAAGUCAACAAGUUGCCAGGUUUGGAGACCUCUGCCAUAUGCCGAUGGCGUCUAAUCCCAAGCCUGUUUCAGUAAAAAAGCCACAUAAAGGCUUCAGGCGCCGUGGCUCCUUGUGUUCACAGACCACAUUAAGUGGACUGCUAAGACACGCUGUGAGACUUCCACGCCGACGGCAGGAAAAUUAUAAAGACGACGGACCUUGCAGCCAUCAAAGCUUGCAUGGGACUGUUCGUUGUUGCAACGGGUGCGUUUUUCCCGUCUCAGGGAAUGGAGAAGCGAAGGGGACUGCAAAACCACACCCAGAGCCAUGUCAGUUUCUCCUAGGUUAGCUUCUGGCUAGCCCAGGUGAGGUCGUCAGGUGACUUCUCCCCUUCCAAACGUGGAAAAAAAAAAAGAGAAUUUGGUUCUCUUCUCUCAGUCGACGUUGACUGCCAUGGCUGUCCGUCGCCAGCCAAAAUGUAAAUAGAAGAAUUAAAAACAGCAAUUUAUCUUUCCCCUCCCCGUCUCCCCAGCAAAACGUUCCUCCUUCAUUCCAAUCAUACAAGUGUCUUCCAGGGGAUUUAGCGUGGUUCACUCCACGCUUAGGAUGGGCGGUUGGAAAGUUUUGUUAUCUGCUCUAAGAAGAAAUGUUUUCCGCUUUUGUUUCCUUUGUACGCAAGCUGGUGGCUUGGAAAAGAGUGGGGGGGAGAAAAGAAUUCCGAUAACUGUUGGGCUUUGGGGUUCAUGAUUUAUCUUUGGAAAAUAUUAAAAUGCACAAUGUUGGA